UGUAGCUGACAUGGAGAUCAAACGGCGGAAUUCGCCUGCUUCCACAGAGUGAACAGGCUGCGAAUUGAGUGCACACCAUCGACUGGGAUUGGAUUUUUUUUUGCAUCCAAUACUCCAACUCACUGAUUCCAUAACGGGUUUGAAAUUAGGAAACAGGAAAAAAGUUUCUGAACACCGCUUAAACAAUAACUAUUAGCAAUGGGACUUUCUCAUGAUGGAUAUUUGCAGUGGAGAAUAGCCUAUACCUAAGUGUAAGUAGCUAAAAUAUUUUUUCACUAAUAACUUGAGAGCAGUUACAGCUGACGCCCGUUUUGUUCGUCUGUUAAUGAUCUGCUAGAAAUUCAGCGGUAUCUGUGUUAUGGACAAAUAAGCAGGACUCCAUUUUUACUUUCUGCUAGGAAGCAACAAAUGAAUACGUUUUAUGGGGAGACAACCAGUGUGUAAAGUCAACGUACGCACAAUCUGAGAGCCAAAGCGUAUACUCCGUCUGUGGUUCGCCUUACACAAGUCUGUCGCCAUGAGUUUAGUUGGAGGGUUUCCCCACCACCCGGUGAUGCAUCAUGACGGCUAUUCGUUCGCUGCCGCAGCUGCUGCCAGUCGCUGUCAUGAAGAACCCCCCUAUUUUCAUGGGUGGCUUAUCAGCCACCCGGAGAUGUCUCCUCCAGACUACAGUAUGGCACCCUCCUACAGCCCCGAAUACUCGGCGGGAGCCCCCGGGCUCGAUCACUCGCACUACGGAGGAGUACCGGGGGCCGGCGCUGUUGGAAUGGGACCCCGACCAGUGAAACGUAGACCCACGGCAAACCGAAAGGAGAGGCGCAGGACUCAGAGCAUCAACAGCGCCUUUGCAGAACUCAGGGAAUGCAUUCCCAACGUGCCCGCGGAUACGAAGCUGUCCAAAAUCAAAACCCUUCGUUUGGCUACCAGUUACAUUGCUUACCUUAUGGACAUUCUGGACAAAGACGAACAGAACGGGGAAGCAGAGGCCUUCAAGGCGGAAUUCAAAAAGACAGACGCCAAGGAAGAAAGGCGAAAGAAAGAAAUGAACGACGUUUUGAAAAAUUCAGGGAGCAGCAAUGACAAGAAAACUAAAGGGAGAACUGGUUGGCCGCAGCAUGUGUGGGCAUUGGAACUGAAACAAUGAGACUAAUGCAAAAGACACGAAAUGAGGCGCACUGAACUCAUUUUUAGUUGUUCUCUCACUUUAUUUAAUGGAAUAUUUAUGUGCAAUUUCCCGCUACGGACGGUGGAUAUUUGAGGAAAACCCAUUCCAUUUUAGAAGGAGGAUACUCUCUUGGUAAGAGAUUGCGUGUUGUUGUCUGAUGUUGGUUUAUUAUUGUUGGUUUUCUUGUCCCAUUGUGAAUCAAAAUGAGACUUCUGCCACUAAGGAGUACACGUGAAGUUCUGUCUCAUUCUGUCUCUCUAUCACUUUCAGUAUCUAUCUAUGUCUCUCUCUCUUCUUUAAUUAUGAGGAAGGUUGGUCGAUGUUAUGAUAUAGUAAAUGUUUUAUUUGAAAAUGUCAUGAAGUGUUAUAAUGUUAUUUUGUGGUCGUACAAUCCUGGUGUCUGAAACAACUGUCGAGUCCACCCAGUGCACUUCCGUCCAGAGACACACAAUUUAAAUAAUAUUGGAGAUGUAAACAAUGUAAUUAAUUCAAUAAACCACUGUGUUGUUAACAACCUUAAA